GACAUACGCGCUGCUGCAGCCAGAGUGCAGGUGGCGACGCGUAUUUUGUCAGCGGCACGUCUCUCCGCUACUACAAGGUCUCCACUGGAAGAACAGCUUCCAUUGCCGUAACUACUGCGUCUGAGGAUUGGCAGCUGCUGGCGAUUCUGGAUGAGCGCUCGUCUGGAAAUGCAAAUGGCCAUUUGCUUCUGCUGGUGCGCGAGGCUUCUCUGAAUGUGGUUUGGUUGAUCAAAACUGAGGGCGAUCUGCUGGCACGGAUCCCGGAUGCCGUGUACGCGUGCUUUAGCGGAGCUCGAGUGGCCUGGCUUAGCAGGAAGGAUUCGAAGACUUGGUUUUGCUGCGCGGAAGUUGAAUCCGCAAGAGCUGGAGAGUGCCUGAAUGCAGUUUCAUGUGUGGAAGCAGAUGGAGUGGAGCGCUUGCUUUGCUGCCUUGGUUCCGACACACUGCUGUUUUGGGGAAGUCGCCUCUUGGGCGGCCCGCUGCUGCUUGCCAGCUCAGGCUCGGGCCCUGUGUUGCCAACUUCGGGACCCUUGCAGCUCGUCGACCAUCGAUGGGAUGGGCCUUUCAAGCCUUCAGGCCGGGAAUCACUAUUCUUGCCCGAAGACACUGGCCUCGCAGUUCAUUCUUGGUGGUACACUGUUCUGAACACAUUCCAACAAGCAACUGGAAGCAAGCACGACUGGUGUCCAAGGAUUGUUGGUACGCUCAGGUUAAGUGUGUGUUUGUUCGAGUUUGGGUAA